ACGAGUCUUGCCUUACUUGCUUACAUCAUCCCCACUGAGCUCAUGGCGAACUACCUGCCCCUUGAAGCUGGAAUGGUGCAGUCAGCCUGUGGCAUCUCUGGGCUUGCCGCGUGGUGUUACUGUAGCCUAUGGUUGAUCAGGGAAGGAAGGACAGGGGCCCGAGGCACACCAAUACUUGACGGCUCACCGCCACCAGUGGCUGUGUUGGGGUAAGGCAGACAGAAAAUGGCCUCUUCGUUAGAUUUUCAAUUGAAACUUGCCCUUUGCAACUUGACCUCUUUGAUCGCACCUUCUCAUGCAUCCGAUUUUAUGACAGCUAAAGUCGACGCUAUGGCCCCGGACUCAGCUGAGAAGCAUCAUCUGUCCGCUGACCAGGAGGACGACGCGGCCCAACAAGUGAGCUAUCGAGGCGGCGCCGGCAUUGCAUGUGUUGGUUCCAUCUUACUGGCCCAGCCAAUAGCCCCGAGACCCAAAGUGCAACAAUACGUAAAUUUACGCAAAUUCCAUCCGUGCUAUGGCCGUGGAUCCCCUUUGACGACGAGUUGUGAGGAUAUUAGGCUUCGCAUCGAACUGGGCAACGAAUAUAGCCUCGACAUUGAUCUAAAAAAGGAAAGAAUCAAGCUGGCAGUGCGACUCAUGUAUUUUGUCUCAUAUACCAUAUUAGUUAAUCAAUUAAUGGGAUGGUAUUUUCGCGCACAAUGUCCCGUUGACGUAAUUUCCGGACCGCAAAUGUGCCUUAAGAACGUGGGACGCCUCCACUGGCAAUAAGAAGCCAUAAUCAGUUGCCGUUACCGCAUCUCGCGAGGCAAUCGCCGCCUAGCGAGAGAUUCAUAAUGCAAGUGAUGAUGAGCUGUAUGCCAGGAGUGCCAGAACGGCCAUCGCGAUUAUCGUGAGAAUGCUAGGCAUCUGAACUCCUGGGCUUAGACUAG